UAUUCUGUCAAAGAUGUUUCAUCAACCUAAACAAGUGAUACCUAUAUAGUGAUCAAAGAGAAUGAUAGUGAUAGUGAUCAAAUACAAGUGUAUGAAAAUGUUCAUAACAAGUUCUUAUUUUAUUUCAAUUCUGAGAUUAUAAAUCAAAGAAGCACAUAAAUUGUGAUUUGUAACGUUUUCCGUACAAGAAAAAUUGUGUAUUUGUAAUAGUGUUCAAUAAAUACAAGUACAGACUGCGAUUGCAGGUCCAGCAGUUUAACCGAAAAUGAAACAAUGUUUUAAUUUGUUUCCCAACAAAGAAGCUUUUAUUAUUUUUGCUCUUUAUAUAAUAUUGUUCGUAUUCCAAGGUGUAUUUGUAACUGCAUCAAAGACUGAGAAUGGCGGAUAUGAUUAUAACACAACACUUGUUGUUUUCUUAUCAGAACUACUUAAACUAAUAGCAUCAGCAAUAUUAUACUCAUACAGGAGAGAGAACAAACCACAUAUCUUAAAAGCAAUAGCAAUUAAUUACAAAUUAUUGUUAUUGUAUGGAGUACCAUCCUUGUUGUAUUGUUUUUACAACAAUCUGGCAUUUAUAAAUUUAUCUCAUUAUGAUCCAACAUCAUACUACAUACUACUACAAUUUAGAGUGGUGCUGACAGCUUUACUGUUUCAGUUCCUGUUUAAGAAGAAACUAACAUGGAUCCAAUGGAUAUCAUUAGGCAUUUUAACAUUAGGAUGUAUGAUAAAAAACUUUGAUGCAGCAUCUAUACAAUCAAAACAAAAUGCUGACGUGUUAUCUCAAAUAUUCAAUAUAUAUUUCUUAUCUAUAAACUUUCAAAACUUCUGUUCGUGCCUAGCAGGUACAUACAAUGAAUAUUUACUGAAAACGAAAGGAGCCAAUGUUGACAUAUUUUUACAAAAUGUAUUCAUGUAUCUUGACUCUGUGAUAUGUAAUUUCUUCAUACUUUUAUUUAAAGGUGAAGUGUCUACAAUAUUUGACGACUUCAGCUCUUUAAGCGACACAUUUGUCAUUCUUAUUACAGUGAAUAGUGCUGUAGUAGGUAUUGUAACAAGCUUCUUUUUAAAGAAUUUAAAUUCCAUUUUAAAAACAUAUGCUAGUGCUUUGGAAUUGAUAAUAACUGCUGUGGUAUGUUAUCUACUAUUCAACAUAAUAAUAACAUGGUUUACAAUAUUAUCUAUUGCCCUUGUUAGUGUUGCAAUUGCUAUAUAUUUUAAAAAUCCUGUUAAUAAUACUCCUAUAAAUACAAAAGACUCCAAAGACAAGGUUCCCCUACUAGAUAUUUCCACCGAAAAAUAAUUUUAAAUUUUUAGUAUUACGUAUAUCACAGCAUAGAAAAUUUUCGAAUGAAAUCUAGUUUUAAAUAAGAUUUAAUAUUGGUACAUUGUUAAGUGGAGCUUGAUAUAACAUGAAAAAAAUAUUAAAAAAUGUAGUUUUCAUUGAAAGGUAUGGUAUUUUAUAAGUCAUAUCAUUGUGUAAAAGUGUAAAAUGUGGCACAGGAAUUGAUUUUAUAUUAUGCAUUCACCUUUUGUUUUUGCAGUGCAGAUUUAUUUUAAAUGUAAUGUAACAAUUUGUGUGGAUUUUAGCAAAUGUUUUGAUGGCUUGUACACCUAAAACAACAGCCAUUAAGUUUGCUACUACAUAAAUUUUGCUACCAUCAAUAUAUUAUAAUAAUUUGUUAGUAGAAAAUUCUUUGCGCUGUGCUCCAUUAUAUACAAGCUGUUGUUUUGCAUCCCCGCCAUAUUUGAAGUCCAUUGUAAUGGUUACACAUAAUCAUCUAAUACAAUGUAAAUCCUACCUCAAACUGGAAUCCGAAUAUUUGAUGAAAUUAUUUUACGAUGAUUUAGAAUUAUCCCCCACAUAUAUGUCAGAAUGGGACCCCAUAACAAACGCGAAUAGUUCACUCACACACGGACGGCAACAGCUGUUUGCAAGCGACACGGCUAUUCCGCGCGGCCGUGGUGCACAUCAAACCACUUUGUGUGUGUGCUGUGUGGCGCAAAAAUCAUCGAUGCCACUCGGGGUGAGUCGCGGUGAUUGCUUUUACAGGGGUGGUUUUAUUUUUAAACAAUAAUUAAUUUUUAAUAGUGUAAUUUUCGGUACUUAUGUUUUCCUUGAUUCAUGUUCUAUAAGUGGAGUAAACCAACCUCCAUAAAUAUGGCGGGGAUGCUAAACAACACCUUGUAGAUGCCGGCCCUAAAUAUAAUAUAUACCUAACUACCUACUUUCGAAUCUUAGCCAACAUUUUUUGCUUCAGUAAAAUUAGCUAAAAACUGUUUAUUUUAAAUAAAGAAAAAUAAUAAUUCAAUGAAACUUAAAGUUUAACUAUUGAUGAUUUGAAGUUUUGAUUUUGUUAACUAAAUCAAAUUUUGGCAUUACAGAAGUCGAUUGUUUUAAAUGAAUCCAAUGAUAUUAAAUAUCAAUAUUAAUAUUUCAGAUUCUGUUUGAACUAAAACAAGGAUUACCAUUUAGAUAAUAAUAUUUUUAUUUAUUUGGUUAGUCAUUAUAUUUAACAAAUUUUAUAUUGUAAUCAUUUGCCAAAGAUUGUUAACACGAAUGUUACAAAACAUAUAGUCCAAGAUCCCUGGGGUCGUUAGACUUACAUUUAUAGUAUAAACAAAAGGGUUUUUUCGCGCUUAUUACAAUUCCUCAUCUCGUUUAAUACACCUUCUGAGCCAAAGCUCCCUCCAAGCUUAUCUUAAAAUUAUACUUAAACCGCGAAAAUUAACACAUAAAAUAUCAAUAAAUGUUUUUAAUAGGGGACCGACCUACGUUUGAUUUUGUACAUUAUUCUAGACUUAUAACUUGUUGAUAUUUUACCGGAUUUUAAUAAUUCCUUCUGGGUUAUAAUUUAUAUGAUGUAAAUAUUUGAUAAUAGUAAAGAACAAAAAUGAGUCCGGUACCCUAUUGAUACUAGAUAAAUCCUAUAUCUUCGUGGGAGAGACUUGCAAGUAAAGAGAGACUGUCUCGGCCUGUAUCUAUUUUGAUGUGUCGCAAAAGAUACGUUUACUAAUAAGGCUAAUGGUAAAGCGAAAAAUCCAAGUUGCUUCAGAAACAUAAGGUCGUUUCCCGUAACUUGGUGCACAAUGUUGAGUUUGGAUGACGGGUGUGUUCCAUGAAUGGUUAAAACCUUGUAAUGAUCACUAGCUUUACGUUUUGUACUUAUGAACAUAAUACCUACAAUGGUUUAUCGUAACGAUACUUCUUACUAAUUUUAUAAAUGCGAAAGUAUGUGAAAAUGUUUGAAUGUUAGUAAGAAUUGAAUAAAGUAAAUAAUUAAACAGAUUGAAUCAAAUUUGACACACGGAUAACCCAUAUCCUGGAAUAACAUAUAGGCUACUUACUGUUUACUCUGGUAAUUUGCUCCCAUGGGAAAAAAAAUCUUUUUAAAAUAAAUGGCGCUGCCGCGACUAACACCUAAUUAUAAAUACAUACAUAACAUUAUAACAACAUUCCUCUUUAUAAAUAUACAAUUGAAUACAUACACAAAAUACAACAUAUUACGUUUUAUUUCCCUAUCCCGCAUACUCCCACUUAAGACGCAUUUUUGGCCAGGUUCCUUCAAAAUCGUCUAAAACCGGUUAUAUUUCUUUUCUACUUAUUAUCGUUGGUAAGAACGAAUCGAUAGGUAUAUUAGCUAAAUUGAGCGUCAGUCAUUACUGUAGUACAAAACGCAGUAAAACUGCUCUACGUUAUAAUAUGAAGUUUUUUAUAAGUAUUAUCUGAGUCAGUAUUAGGAAUUCCCAUAUAAUAUUUAUUACAUUAUUGCCGUACGUUUUUAAACUGAAGAAAUAUUGGAGGCAUUUACAUUGCAGUAUUAACGCUGGAGCUUGUUUAAUAUACAAACCAUCGCCACUAGGAACUCCAGUAAUCGAUACUCAGUUAUCGACCGUGACCAUAAAACGUUUUCUAGUUAUCGCCUAUCUCCGAAGUCCGAACACAGGCAGGAUGAAUGCACUGAUACGUAUUAUCGAAUAAAUAUUGAACGUGUUUGUAUCAUUGUAAUAAAACAAUAUACCUGAUAAUACAUAUCUAAUUAAAAUACGUAAUAUAUGGUAAUAUACAAUCGCGUAGUAAGUUUUCAUUCAAGGGAGGCAAGAUCUCUUAUUUACAUAGAUUUAAGGGGUAACAGAAAAUAUCGUGUAAAUACUCCCCAAGAAAAUACAAAAGUAUAUGUAUAAACACAAAAUAAUAUACUAACUUGUAUUGAAACUAAAUAACCGCCCUUAGUUGCGGUGCGCGGUGGAGUGAGAAGGGUCGAAGUGGGUGCUGACCCACUCCGACCCAUCUCCCUCCACCUACCUACGCUCUUGGUUAUAAAUAUAUGUAGUAAAAUAAAAUGAUAAAUCUGGUGACCCUGGGAUCUUACUCUAUUAAUAUUAUACGUUACUUAUAGUUGAAUAAGUGUUAAUAAUUUUACAGCUAUGCAAGCUACUUAAGUGCUAUGACAAAAUAUGUGGUAUAAUUAUUUAUUAUAAUCAAUAAUGUUUGUUAAGAAUUAUUAAGAAUCUCUAUAAACUUGUGCUCCAGUUCUAUCGUUGGUCAUGAAUAGAUAGGAUACAAUAGGAUAGGUCAAUAAUUUUCCUUCAUAUAUGGGAUUCAUUUUGUUAAAAAUAUCAAACAUUUUUUGGAUUGGUAAAUAUUCUCCCCCCCCCCCCUUAUUCAUAGACGUUAUUUAUCUAAGGACUGAGCAUUGCUGUGAUAACAAGUCUGUUUCUCUGACGGCCAACUAGAUUCAAGUUGUAUCUCAAUAUUAGCCAAUCACAACGGCCCAUGACUAUGCCGUCAGCAGUGAGAAACAUACUUAUUAUCACAGCAAUGCUCCGUCCUUAGAUAAAAAACGUCUAUGAAUAAGGGGGUUAGUCCCUACAGAGGAAGUUACCCGUUUAGCAGGAUUAUAAACGAAGGUUUCGAAUAGGUUCAAAUUCAAAAUAUUAUUUAAUCAACAAGCAAGUAUGUAUAAAUAUUCUUCACUAGUCUUUGAAAAUUUACUGAUAAGCCACAAGUUAUGUUUCACGUAUGUAAUAUUGAUACAAAUUCACCAGCGAUUUCGUGGCGAUCAUAAGCAGUUUAGAUUAUUUUGAAACUGUAAAACUAGGACGAGCGGUGAAGCGAAUGUACUGUUAUCUGUAGUUAACAAGAGUCGAAUGGCCUCGACAUUUAAAAAAUUAACGAUCAUUUGAAGAGACCAGCAAGUGUGUAAAAUGAGGAAUUGUGAAUAGCCUAAUAUAGAUGAUGAACUAAAAUUGGA